CUGGAAAAGGACUAAAGAAGAGUAUUUCAAGAGAUCAAGAGCAUUUAAAAGAAAGCUCCUGCAUACAUAGCUGAUACGCCACCUACUGCAAAACCGAGCUGACAGCGCAGGCGAUGCUGCCAGCGUUUCCAUUCCAUCACCAGGCUGGGGCUGAAUAAAGGCGUGUUUGUGUGGUAGUGUUUCUUUUUUAAAAAUCUCAACGCCAAGAAGAACAAGCUGAAAUAGCGUGUUCAAAAAUGGAGCGUAAAAUAAACAGAAGGGAAAAAGAAAAGGACUAUGAAGGGAAACACAACAGCCUGGAAGAUGCUGACCAGGGAAAGAACUGCAAAUCCACUCUGAUGACCCUCAACGUUGGUGGAUACUUAUACAUCACUCAGAAACAAACACUGACCAAGUACCCAGACACUUUCCUUGAAGGUAUAGUCAACGGAAAAAUUCUCUGCCCGUUUGAUGCUGAUGGUCAUUAUUUCAUAGACAGGGAUGGGCUCCUCUUCAGGCAUGUUCUAAACUUCCUACGAAAUGGAGAACUUCUACUGCCAGAAGGGUUUCGAGAAAAUCAACUUCUUGCACAAGAAGCAGAAUUCUUUCAGCUCAAGGGACUGGCGGAGGAAGUGAAGUCCAGGUGGGAAAAAGAACAGCUGACACCCAGAGAGACCACUUUCUUGGAAAUAACAGAUAACCAUGAUCGCUCACAAGGACUGAGAAUCUUCUGUAAUGCUCCGGAUUUCAUAUCAAAAAUAAAAUCUCGCAUUGUCCUGGUGUCCAAAAGCAGGCUGGAUGGCUUUCCUGAGGAGUUUUCGAUAUCGUCAAAUAUCAUUCAGUUUAAAUACUUCAUAAAGUCUGAAAAUGGCACUCGACUUGUACUGAAGGAAGACAACACCUUUGUCUGCACCUUGGAAACUCUUAAGUUUGAGGCCAUAAUGAUGGCCUUAAAGUGUGGUUUUAGACUGCUGACAAGCCUGGACUGCUCCAAAGGGUCAAUUGUUCACAGCGAUGCACUUCAUUUUAUCAAGUAAUUACCUGUGCCACGAACAAAGGCAACAAGCAUGCAGCCAGCAAGCUUCGGAAAACCUCGGCAUCAAAGGCAUCCCAAAUAACGUGCCCAACAGUUCUGUACUCAGAGUCCUGCUGCUAAUCAAUUACUGUGAGCUAACGGUAUGUAAAUUCUAUCGCUAAAGAUGUCCUUCUCUAGGGUGUUCCUGCUGAUCAGACUCCUACACUUAAAGUGAAAACAGUGAUCUUCUACAUACUGUAAAUAAAGACGGAAUGCUUUUGCUAUUUGUUUAUUUUUCCUUAAGCUGUCUUUCAAUCAGAAUGUCUUGGGUACUUGUACAAUGAACAAGCAUGUACAUUAUCUAUCAUUCUUUCAAGGAAAGGGUAAUAAAAUAUUUUAAGGGACUAUGAGACUUUAAAUCCUUUCUACUCAUGGCAAAAAUCUACAAAGAAACUGAACUGAUAAAAUUAACCAUUGAGAGCGAGAUGUGCAGAUCUACUAAAACAGAGCUGUGGUGAAAGCAAAAUGAGACUGUAAGCAUUAAAGCUAUGGAUUUAAUUUUGAUGGUAGGCACCAAAAGCUUGUUCAUAGUUUCUGUAUUUCAUACUAGAAUUAUAGCUGGAUUGAUAUACUGCUGAAAUUUCCUAGAAAACUGCUUGAUGACAAUAAAAAAAAAUGAAAGCAUGACUAACUUCUUUGCUUAUAGUUAAUAAUUAUAGUAAAAAGUUACAUGUGUCAUUUUUAAAAAAAUAUGCCUUUAAAUGACUUCAUACAGUAUUAUGCAUUGAUGCAGUCAACUGGCAGGCUAUAGCAGCCCUGGCUGGACUUGCAAGUGACAAAAAUCAGCCAAUUCAUUUCUUUGCAGACUGAACUCCAAUACAGCAUGGGUAACUUAUUCUCAAUAGAGUAUACGGUAUUAGAAUAAUGAAAAGAGUUCAUUUUCAGAA